AUGUCUAAACUUACAUCAGAUUGUCUAUACGAAAUAUUUCAAUAUUUAGAAGAUAAUACGAAAACUUUACAUUCAUGUCUAUUAGUUAAUAGAAUAUGGUGCGAAACAAGUGUACCACUUUUAUGGAGGGACCCAUUUAAACAAAACAUAUUUAAAGAAAAAUAUUAUAUUGGAAUAUUUUGUACUUUAUUUUCAUGUUUGGAUGAAGAAACAAAACAAUUUUUAUCUUUAUGUAAUAUAAAUUCAACAGAUUUAACGCAAAAAAGAAUAAUUUUUAAUAAACCAUUAUUUAAAUAUCCAAUAUAUUGCAGAUAUCUUAACCUCAAUAAUUUAAAUGAAAUUAUAUCACAUACAAAACAACAAUUUAGUAAUGGAAAUGAAGAUUUUGUAACUUUAGUAAAACAAGUAUUCUUAAAAAUGUUAAUAUCAAAAAGUAGUUCAAUUAAAAGAAUCAUUAUUCAAGAUGAUGAUCAACAUCAAAUUUAUCCAAUAUCAAAUUUUCUUGGAGCUGAAAAAUCAUUAUCUCAAUUAGUUGAAUUACAAUGUGAUAGUGAUAUUAAUUCUUUAUUUUAUUAUGAACUUGCAAGAUGUUGUAAAAAUAUUCAAAGAUUAAAAAUUCCUUAUUGUAGAUCUGAUAAUUCAGGUUUGAUUUCUUUGAUAAAAGUUCAACGUUCUUUAAAAUAUUUAUAUUGUGAGGCUUGUGAUAAACCUGGAGGUUGUCAUGAAAUUGGAAAGGCUUUAUCAGAAUAUCAAUCUAAAUCUCUUAUUGAAUUGGAAUUAAUCGAAAAUAUUUGUAUUUCUAUUAAAUUUAUUUCUUCAUUUAUUAAUUUGAAAAAAUUAAAAAUUGAUAUUUAUGGUGAUAGUUUAAAUUCAAGUGAAAUUUGUUAUUUAGAAAGAACAAAAUUAUUAAAAUUGGAAUAUCUAUCAACUGACAUUGAACUUCCUAGGUUGAGUAUUAUAACUAGAUUAAUAUCGAAUACUAUUGGAAAUCUUUGUCAUAUAUAUCUUGGUUCUUUUGUACCUGAUGAAACUUAUCAAGAUAUUGAAUCUUAUCAUAAAGCUAUUUCAAAACAUUGUCCAAAUAUUAAUUAUGUUUCAACUUUUAUUUAUGAAGAUAGUGAAAUUUCUAAUAAUAGAAAAAAUUCUUUUGGAUUAGAAGAAUUAAUUAAAUCUUGUAAUAAAUUAAAAGGUAUUAUAUUUUAUGGAAUAAGAAUGGAAUCUGAAGGUUUUGAUUUAUUUAAUAUGAUUAAAAGAUUUGCUUCAAAUACUUUAUGUGAUAUUAAAAUUGUUGGGAAUUGUGAAUUACGAUCUCAUUAUUUUGAAUGGUUUUUAGAAAAUUGGAGAUCAAGAGAUCCUUUAUCUUUAAGUAUAUCUGAAAGUGUUUAUGAAAUGUCUGAAGAUUUAGAUAACGUUAAAGAUAAUUUCUUGAAAAAAGGUGUAUUAAAAAAUUUUAAAAUUUUGGAAACAGUUGAAGAUUUUGAGAUAAAUUAA